AUGUGCUGUCUAUCUCGGAGGGCAUCCCUACUGUCCAGACGGUUGGCCCAGAAGACUACGUCCCUAGGGAGACUGUGGACGUACCGUCCAACGUGA